AUGUCCAGCUGGAGCACGCUGGUCGCAACGCCCAAAACCCCAGCUCUGGAGCAAGCACAGCAACUGGAACUUGUAAAGUACACGGCCCCCGCGCAGCCCGAUGCGACAGACAGCACACCAGAGCGUACGGUCAUCACCUCUGAGUCGCGCGGACUGAUUUACGGGUCUGGCACUACAGGAUUCCGCACCUGGGAGGCAGCCCUCCAUCUGGGGUCGUUCCUGGCGACUGGGAUAGGCGAGGCUCUCCUACGCGGGAAACGAGUGAUUGAGCUCGGCGCUGGCACGGGGUUCUUGUCGCUGCUAUGUGCCCGACAUCUCGGUGCUCAUGCUGUUGUUGCGACCGAUCGGGAAACUACUCUGAUUGAGAAUAUGGACCGCUGUACUUCUCAUAAUCAGACCGGGGUUGCCACGGCACUUCCAUUUUAUCCGGCCGUUUGGGAGUGGGGGACUCCCCUGGACGUCAAGGGCGGCGGGAAUGCGGUGUCCGAAUGGAACAAGUUUGAUGUCGCACUUGGUGCUGAUCUGGUCUGUUUCCUUGCUCUUUUUGUCUGGUGCCUGCAUUGA